UUUGAGCAAAUAUUGAACACAAACUCGCGGCUCCCUAGACGCUAAGCGAGGGUGGACAUGGAUAAAGCAAGGGAGUUUCUGCAAUUGAGUCAGGAAGAAUCGGAGAUCGUCUCGAAUCUCGUUGUUCACCCUCACCAAACCGGAAUCCCUCCGAGUUUCUACGAAGAUUUUGCCCUGAGAGGCAUCCGAGUUGAUCGAGUCGAGGCCGGCUUCGUCGCCUGCACUUUCAAAGUCCCUCCUCGCCUCACUGAUAGGAAUGGAAAUUUGGCUACAGGUGCUAUUAUAAACCUUGUUGAUGAGGUCGGUAAUGCUCCAGUUCAUAUCCAGGGUCUCAGCGUUAAUGUUUCCGUGGAUAUGUCUAUUUCGUUUCUUUCGACUGCGAAGCUCGAUGAUGAGUUAGAAGUCACUUCAAGGCUUUUAGGAAAAAGAGGAAACUACUCCGGAACGCUUGUAGUUCUAAGAAACAAAGCAACCGGAGAAGUAAUUGCCGAAGGUCGACAUUCUUUGUGGGUUAAGCAUCUUAGCAAACUCUGAUUCUCUGACCCUCCAAUGGAAGUUGUAAUGCUAUGAGUUGCAAUCAAUGGAAGAUUACUACUGAUUGGGUAAUUGAAGCAAACUCUAUAAUCUCUCUCUGAUAUUACCCUCUGAUGAUUGUCUGGGUGCUUAAAUAUAAGCUUGGUCAUACUGCUUGAUUUCCAGUUAGCAAUGUCGAGAAUCUCCAGUCAUUUUUUUUUUUUUUUCAGUUUCUACUCAAUGUUCUUGGUAAGUAUAAUUGAAUCAAAGUGUUUGUAUUUGAAUUGGUUCUACUACUGUUUUGAGUUUCUUGGAAAUGGAUUUCUAAAUAUCACUUGUC